UUUGGGUGUGCUCGAUUUAAUAACUCAGUUCACAGCUGUCCCUGCUUGGCCUUUCGACGUUGCACAAGAUAGUCAAAAUGGAAACAUCGCCGCAGACAAGGAUCCAAAUUAAACCUACCCAGGGCCAAUCGUUUGCGGUCACGUGGCACGGAAAAACAAACGCGCGGUAGUUCAUCAAACGAUACAAGCAAGUAACGGAGUGAACUUUAUUUCGCAAUAGUGGCUAUAGAAUUCUCCGUUUAAAUGACUACCUGUGUCAAUGUUGCAUGUUAUUCUUUCAAACGCCGCACCAUGGACCUAUAGUCGUGUGCAGUAGAUUCUUGCCAAUAAUGGAAAAAGAACACCGACUACAAAAACGCAAAUUACACAACGUCAGAUUUAGUGUCGAUACCAAAGGGUGUGCAGUUCAAAGCAUUUCUGUCCCAAAAAGCGUUGGAUACAGUUGGGACAAAUGCGGAAGAAUUUACGAGCUUAGAAUAAGACAUUUGGCAAGAAAGUUCCUAAAAAUAUGGCGGCAGAACACCUUUGGUCGGAUCCUCCCUCAUAAAGCCAAGUGUCAUUAUGACAGUGUGCUGCUGAGAAAAGCAUUUGAGGGGUGGACAGCGGAGUGGUGGGCUUCUGGGAGGGAGUGGAGUCUUUCAGUACGUGCUGAGUGUCAUUACAGGUAUUAUCUGCUCUUCAUGACAUUUCGAAGAUGGCAAACAUUUAUCUCACUGCAAGUGGAAAAGAAGAGCAAAGUGAACAAAGCUCAAGCAUUCGCUGACAGGCGGCGGGUGCGUCAGAUUUGGGACAAGUGGGAGCUUUUCAUCCAAAUACGUCGACUGAAAAACAAAGCACUUCAGAUAGCUCAAGAGCAACACAGGGGCACAAUCCUGCAGUCAGCUUGGUGCUUGUGGCAGGCGAGGCUUCAAGAGCAUCGAAACAUUUCCACUAUGGAGGACCAAACCUUGAAGCACGCUGCAGUGACUAUACAGAGCAGGAUAGAGAAAGAAUCCAAAGCUUCUCUUCACUUCAACAACGGGAUGCAAAAGAAAUCAUUAACCAAGUGGCAAGGUUUUGUUUCCAGACGUCAGCACAAGAAAGCCUUACAAGCUAUCGCCCACGUUCACCUGAUGAGGUUGAGCUGGAGAGUGUGGAGGAGCGAGUGGCAUCGCAAACAGGGAAAAGAGGAGUGUUUGCAAGGCACUGGGCAGCUGGCGAGUCGGCUAUCUCAGUGCAGAGUCCCGCAACGUUGGAAGGCGUAUGUGAUACACAGCAAAGAAAAGGCAGACAGAGGCCAGAUAGCAAGUCAACACUACCACCAGCGCCUACAGCGUGCUGUAUUUCAAGUGCUUUCUCAAAACGUGUCCAAAAACAGAGCUAAACGGCUGAACAAAAAUACAGCUGUCCAGCAUCAUAACCAGACUGUCCAAAAUAGGCAUUGGAGGCUGUGGAAAGACCGACUGGAGGAGGCUGAAGAUAAACGUCUACAAGCCUUGACAGGCAUGGCACAGAAAAACUACAGAACGUACCUGUUGAGUCGCACUUUUGACCACUGGAGGCGGAAACUUGCACAGCAAAGACACAUUCAGGAGCUGGAGUGGAGAGCUGAGGUUUGGUUUGCAGAGCACUGUUUGGCUCAUUAUUUCAACUCCUGGUGUGAGUAUAUUCUGCAGAGAAGAGCAAAGAAAGCCCGGAGUCAGAAGGCAGACGUCUAUAAUAAGCAGCGGCUCUGCACUUGGGUGCUGGGCACCUUGCGGGAAAGGUCAGACCAACACAAGGAUGAAAUGCUGUUGCUGCGAAUAGCCAUUCUUCAUGAAGAGCAGAGUCACGUGCAGAGAGCCUGGGCUCGAUGGAGGCAACGGACAGAGCAGCAGAAGCGAGAAGAGAAGGGGAAGCAGCAGGUGCAAGGAGAUCAGUACCAGGACAGGCUUCCUCACACCCCUUUAGCACAGCAAAAAGAUACCAGUCCUCGGGUACAGGCCAGGACUAAUGAGCAGCAGGCUGGUCGUCAGGACGAUCUUCACUGCAUGAGAUGGGCGUUGGAUAGCUGGAAAAAGUUUGUCCAGAGACAGAAAUUUCAGCAAUGCCACGAAAAAGAAAUUGCCAAGCACAGCCUUUGGAAGCUCCAGUACAGACUCGAAAUGUCAGAUCCGACUGAGCGAGCACUCUGGCAUUGGGCCCUUACGCUUCAAGCCAAGGCACUGUACGGGUGGAGGCUAUGGGUCACAGAAAAGCGCAGGAAGAAAGUGGAGGCAUCGAAACCUGCUCAGGCAUGGAGAGAAGAAACAAAGUGUGCAAUGUCUGACCACCAUCACAAGAGAAAAGCGUUCACCGGGGCUGAAAGAUCUUUCAAUCCAGGGGAGCUGCUGCAGAGGGAACGAGUAGGCACAGAAAAAGCCCAGAAGCAUUACGACUCCAAUUUGCUGAGUAAAGCGUUGAGAGAAUGGAAAAAGCAUCAUCACACAUGUCUCAAAUAUAAGGUGAUGAAACGACAAGGAAUCUUGUUGCUGAGACUGAAGAUGUACCAGACCUACUUUGUACUCUGGAGGAGGAAGUUCCUGUUGAAAGUCAAGGUGUCCGUGCAGACAGAGCAGGCCCUCUGGCAUUGGGCCCUCACUCUUCAAGCCAAGGUGUUGUAUGCAUGGAGGCUGUGGGUCACUGCACAGCGCCGAAAGAAGACAGAGGCAUGGGAAGCUGCUCAAGUGGACAAAGAUGAGUCACAAAGUGCGGUUGCAACGUACAGUCAACGCAUGAAUAGCAUCUGGGGAUUGGCUGAGCCUGGAAUGAAGAGAGAUGAAGAACGGCAAAGUCUCUUUAUUCAGAGGAUGGUGAAGUGUUGUGCCAUGAAGUGGAAGCAGCGGGCUCUCUGCAAAGCACCAAAAACCACAGUGACCUUCCCUUGUUCAGAUUUGAAAUCUGGGAAAUGUGACACAGAUGACAGUGAGCCAAUGCAUCCUUUCGUACGACGCCAGCCUCGACGCUGCGAGGAAGUGUUUGCGCCCUCACUGAAAGCAUUACCGUAUGAUAACUGCCAAACAUCUGCUGGAGUAGACGCACAACUUGGGCAGCGCAUUUCUUCAUUACAGACAGAUCUUGCGCUGUCAUCCUCAUCCAUCCAUCAGCCUUCCAUCCCUGUUGACACCGCGUGCCUAAGCGGAGACGUGCGCCAUGGGUCGCCCCAGAAAUCUCCAGCUCCCAUCCUGGACCCGCCUCAGACACCGUGUGAGCUGCUCUUACCACCCGCCGCUUUCAUCAGCACAGAAAACAAGACGGGACGUGCCAACAUCUCCAGCCCAAUAGCAGAACGGAGUUUCGAACAUUUUUCAUCAACACCUUUAGAGAUACACCCAAGAGAACCGAAUGGAGAGUCGGCAAAUGAUGCAACUUCAUCGCUAAUGAAGGAGCUCAUGAGCAUCCAGCAGGACAUGAAUAGCUUCCAGCAGGACAGGAAGCAGCUCAGACUCUGGCAGAGAAUGAAAGACGUUUUGCAGAGUUGGCUACAAACCAGUGGAAAAGAUCAGGAAAUGGAUAAAAAUGCGGUUUGCCAAGAGGUGAAGGAGCUGGAAGAGCGCAUCGAGAAAUUGUCCUGUGACCUGGAAACUCGAAGGCUGACAAUGCGAUUUCAUGCAGAAAGGCUCCAACAUUUACAAGCCGUCCUCGACCGCUCAGGAUUUUCUUCUCUUUAUCGGCAGGUGCAGAUGUAAACGUAACACUUUACACAAUGACUGCAAGUGGUUUAGUCUCCUCAAGCCAUCCUUCUGCAAUUAACAUAAGGUCAAUUCAUUGUAGUGUAUUCCUUUUCUCCCACAAUUUACUGCACACGUCUGAUUUUUUGGGGCGGGGUCACGUUGUCCAGGAAUCUCAGGGAUUUUAUUAUUUCAAUGUCCGGCUGUAGAUUUUGUAGACUGAGUGCACUGGAAUAUAAAGUUCCACAUGUACUGGACAUCCUUAUAAUGAACAAAGUUAAAUUCCAGCAUGUAUUUUUGGAGUAUCGAUUUUAAAAAAAAAAUGUCUCUUAAAUAUUUCAGAUAGGUUUCUUUCCAAUUGUGAUUGACAUGGAUUUGCUAAAAAUGUCAUAUUUUUGUUUACCAGUGAAUAAAAGCAAGCAGAGCAGCCA